AGCACAUCGUCAGGAGAAGCGAGGGCAGAGCGCAGGUUACUGCGCAUGCUCAGCGCCCCCUGCUCGUGUCGUCACGUCGCGGCGCCGCGGCCCGCGCAGACCCGGCUUGGAAGGGGACGCGCAGGGGUUAUGGAACUGUCUGCCAGCAGUGGGCUCUGGGCCUUUGCCUUCUUCUGCCAUGUAGGAAUCCUGGUCGCCUCAGAAAGCUUUACCCUGAAAGGAUCAGAUUCUCCAGUGAUUGCCACAGUUGGCACAGAUGUCAUCCUUCCAUGCCAGCUUUCACCUAGGACCAAUGCCAAACAGAUGGAAGUGAGAUGGCAUAGCAGUGAGAUUGCUGGACUGACCCAUCAUUAUGUGAAUGGGCAUGAUGCCCUGCAGAAGCAGAACCCACACUUCUGGGGAAGGACAGAGCUGUUCAAGGAGGAGCUUCCCAAUGGCAAUGUCUCUCUACUGUUGAAGAAGGUUCAGGUGGCAGAUGGAGGCAGCUAUGUCUGCUACAUUGGCAACAAAUCGAAUUAUUUGGAAAGCCUUGUGGAGUUAAAAGUUGGAGCUGUUGGCACAGGCCCGACAAUCUCUGUGCACCGUUCCCAGGACCAGGGAGUGACACUUAUUUGCAGUUCAGAAGGGUGGUAUCCAGAACCAGCAAUAAUGUGGGCUGACUGGCAUGGUCAAAGACAGAACUCAACUAUCUUGUCUGUAAAAGAUGUUCAAGGUCUAUACAAUAUUCAGAGUCACGUGGAUGUGAAAGAUAACAAGAGCCAGGUCCUGGUUUGUCGGCUCCAAAGCAACUUCUGGGACCAGAUAAGACAGUCGGAGCUGCAACUUUCCAGUGAUUUAUUCCCAUAUGAUAAACACCCAUAUGUAGUCACCACAGUAAUAUUAUGUCUAUCGCUCGUUAUAUUUGGCGUGGUUACAGGCUUCAUAUUCAAAGAGAGAGAGAAUACAAAGGAAAACUUCAAUUGCAAAAGAGCUAUUGAAGGCCCGAAACUCAGCUGUGCAAAUCAGAGUGGAUCCUAACACAGGCCCAUCCCAACCUUCAUUAUUUCAUCGGAUUGCCUACUGUAAGCCACAGUGACCGGAAGCAAGAGGUGAUGGAUACUCCAGAGAGAUUUGAUGGAUGGGCCUGCGUGCUGGGAUCUGAGACUCUCAGAGCUGGGAAGGACUAUUCUGGGAAGUAUAUGUGGGAAAUAAAACAGACUGGGAUCUUGGGUUACAGAUGGGAAGGCUAAUAGGAAAGGCUGGCGGAUUUGAAGCCAGAGAAGGAUACUGGGGGAUACGAUUUUUUAACAGUACUGAUUAUAAGCCUUUGAGGAUCUGCAGUUAAACUAAAACUUGGCAAACAGCCUAAGUAGUUGGGGUUCACUUGGAUGGUAAGGCUCAGAGGUUAGAUUCUAUGAUGUUUCAGCAAUGUCUCACAUUACACUUUUAGCCUGAAAUCCUCUCUGGAUGUAAAACCCCUAUUUCUGUCCUGGUCUGAACAAAAAUGGGAAAACACAAAGACCCCUCUCAAACUUUGUUUUCUCUCUCCUGACUACUCUGGACCUGAUGUCUUCCAUUCCUUCAACCUCACAUCUCCACUUUGGAGCUCUGGAAGGCACUAAUGGAAAGGAUGUGGCCAUAGAACACUCCAGCCUUCAAAUAGUGACGAUUGCCACCCUUCCAUUUCUACACCAGGCUCCUUUUGUACAGAAGCAGGAGCCAUCCCCUCAAUCUGGCAAUAUGCACAACUAUGUAUAGGUUCUUAGUUCUUAGUUAGCUGUUGGACUGUGGGGUUUAUUGUCCACCCCGACCACGUUUCCUUGUGGGGGCUUAAUUCCCAAAGUCCAGGGGUUUAAGUCCUGCAAUAAACCCAUGCCAAUGGAUGACGCCCAUGCUGCUUGUUUAACGGAUUUGGGGGAGGCUCACCACGCAGACAAGUACAGGAUUGUAAAGGGUUUUGCCCUGGAACAAAAAAGGAGCAAGACUUUCACCUCAAGCAGCUCCUUAUGAUGGCAGCACUCAGACCACAACCUCCAGUGGAGUGGCAAGACCCGGCACUGAGCUCAUUGGUGCGUAGUGCCCUGGUGGCAGUGGUGGAAGCAGCACUGCGGAAGGAAUCUGGCAGAGAACCAGGGUACUGCCGCUCCCCGGCGCCAAAGCGGCAGGAUUCACCCGGUAAUGCUCCCAUUCCCUGGUGCAGAAGCAGCACCGGAAGCAAGGGAGGAGUGGAUCUCCAUCCCAGAGAACCACCUGUGAUGUUGCAUUCUAUAUGUUUUAAGGAAAUAUGCUUAUGAGUGUAAUUAUGAUGUAACUGAACUAUGCUUUAUGCAGAAGGUCUCUUGUAAGCUGUCAUUACAAAGCUUAUGAUCUA